AUGGCCCCGGCCCCAGCCCCGACAAUGGACCACCUGCCGCAUUUGCUGCAGCGCGACUCCAAAGUCAAGCUCGCCGGCAUUGACUGUGACGGAGUGCUGCGAGGCAAGAUUAUGUCCAAGGAAAAGUUCCUGUCCAGCUUCGAGCAGGGCUUUGGGAUGAGUUCAGCGAUUUUUGGAUGGGACAUGCACGACCUGCUGUACACGACCGAGACCACGGUUACAUCAGCAGAGUCGGGAUACGCCGAUCUCAUCGCCGUUCCGGACAUCAAUUCGUAUCGAAGGAUCCCCUGGGAAGAUGAUAUUCCCUUGUUCUUGCUCCAUUUCACCGUCAACGCAGUGCCCUUGCAUGUAGAUGGUCGGAGUAUACUCCGGUCGAUCACUUCGAGGUUGCAGACGCUAGGGUACUCUUCGAAAGCUGGUGUUGAGCUAGAGUUCUUUAAUUACCAGACACCGUCCGAGGACGGGUACGGUGCGAGUUUGGGCACGAACAGACAGGACAUGGCGGCGUUCUUGUCUAGGAACACUCCCGGCGCCCUUCGGCCGCUAACCCAGGGCAUGUUUGGAUACAGUCUCACGCGACAGGCCGCGAACAAACGCUAUUUCCACGACAUCUACGACAGUGCAGAGCGGUUCCAAUGCAAUAUUGAAGCAUGGCACACGGAGAGCGGACCGGGAGUUUACGAGGCUGCUCUGGCGGUGGCGGACACGUGUGAGAUUGCGGAUCGGGUGACGUUAUUCAAAUAUCUCGCCAAAUCGGUAGGCAUCGAGCAUCGCGUAACACCGUGCUUCAUGGCAAAGCCCACGUUCGGCCUGCCCGGCAAUUCUGGCCACAUCCACAUCUCAUUAUACGACCUCGAGGGCCGGAACCUGUUUGCCCGCGACUCGCCCGACCCGGAGGCACAGUGGAGAGACAUAGAACACCUAUCCGACGACGGCCGAUACUUCCUCGCGGGACUUCUUAACGCUCUCCCGGACAUUAUGCCUAUGUUCGCGCCAACGAUCAACUCGUAUAAGCGUCUCGUCGAGAACUAUUGGGCCCCCGUCAACGUGAGUUGGGGUCUAGAGGACCGACUGUCCUCGAUACGCCUGAUCGCCCCUCCCGUGGCGAAGCCUCAAGCCACGAGAUUCGAGGUGCGGAUUCCUGGAGCGGAUUUGCACCCACACUACGCCCUGAGUGCGAUUCUCGGCGCCGGCCUUCGAGGGAUCGAAAGUAAGAUGUCUAUUCCCAUCCCGCCGACGGCGCUGCGGAAAGACAAGCCUGAGUUGUUGCCCAACAGCCUUCUCGCGGCCAACGAUAGAUUCCGUGCUUCUGAUAGCAUUGCACGGGAGAUCUUCGACGGCAAAUUCGUCGACCAUUUCGCCGCGUCGAGGGAGCAUGAAAUCCGAGUGUGGAAGGAAUCUGUGACGGACUGGUAA